AGGGUGAACAUAUCAUGCUUUUUUCUACUCACUGACUAUCCUCUGUCUCCGUACCCUCAAUGCCUUUGGAGUCAGGAAUAUAACAUCAAUGCAGAAAGCAUGUACUCUCUCAUUUUCAGUCAGUAAGUACAUUUCAGUCAUCUUAAAUAUUGCACAAAAUAUUACACCUUUAUACUUUAUUGUGACGUCAAUUAUUUGAUCAGGGCUAAUCAAGGUCAUAUCAACUGACUUUGCACCUAUGUUGAAUUGCUCCAUCACCUGGGCUCCCUUUCCACAGGACAAAAUACUAUAUAUCAAGAAUAAUGCUUACCAUGACAGCAUUGACAUCUAAAAUUGUCUCAUUUAUUAUGAAUAUUAAUUUCAGGCACCACUCCUAUUUAUUCUUGUACGGGAAUCUUCAACUUUGGUGGACGAAUGAAUGUAACUUUAAAAAUGAAGAACAACAUGAACGGAAUGGAGUCGUGGUCAGAGCCCUACGAAGUGGCGGUACUUGAAGCAAGUAAUAACCCUUUAAUUGCUCAUUUAGAAUGCCAGUACACCUGACUUGUAGCACAUAAUAUGAGAUGAGAUGAGGGACAUGUGUUGUUUAUUUCAAUUAUGAACAGACGUCUUGUUGAAUCUUGAAUUUAUAAAUGUAUUUAUAAUUUAUUUAUACAUUUAUGGAAUUUAUAAAACAUGUUUGUGUAUUUAUUAGGAUCCCCAUUACUCUUCCUGGGGUCCAGACAGGGUUAAAACAGUUACAUCACAACAAAAUACAACAACAGCCUUAAUCAUAAAUAAAACAAUACAUCAUACAUUACAUUACUGCUAUAAUAUUACAAAUGUACAAUAUAAAAUCCAGAAUACCACAACAUUCCAAUGUUUGUGUGUGUGUGUGUGUGUGUGUGUUUGUGUGUGUGUCUCCUCACAGUCCGCAUUGUGCCUUGAGGUGUUGUUUUAUCUGUUUUUUUAAAUCUGAUUUUAAUGCUCGUUUGAGUUACUUGAUAUGGAAGAGUUCCAUGUAGUCAUGGCUUUCUCAGAUCUGUUCUGGACUUGGGGACUGUAAAGAGACCCCUAGUGGCAUGUCUUGUGGGGUAUGUACAGUAUGGGUGUCUGAGCUAUGUGUUAGCUGUUUGAACAGACAGUUCGGUGCUUUCAACAUGUCAGUACCUCUCACAAAGACAAGUAGUGAUGCAGUCAAUCUACUUUGAGCCAGGAGAGAUUGGCAUGCAUGUUCUUGAUAUUAGCCCUCCUUUCACAUUUAAGGGCCAGCCGUUCUGCUCUGUUCUGGGCCAACUUUAAUUUGCCUAUGUCUUUCUUUGCAGCACUUCCAGGUAUGAUAAAACUAAGGCCUGUAGUUUAAAAAUAUAUAUAUUUAGGACUAGCUUAUUACUUUACACACAUUCUAAAACUAACUGCAGCUCUUUGUUAAGUGUAGCAGUGAUUUCACUUGCUGUGGUAGCUGCCGUAUAUAAUGUUGAGUCAUCAGUCACACAGGCUUUGUGUGUGUGUGUGUGUGUGUGUGUGUGUGUGUGUGUGUGUGUGUGUGUGUGUGUCCUCACAGUCCGCAUUGUACUGUGAGGUGUUGUUUUUUCUGUUGUUUACUAUGACUAUGAGGAAUGUGGGGACAGUAAGAGGGGAUGAGAAUUUGUCGUUUCACUUCAUUUUCUUUUUGCUAAAUGGAACAGUAAAGGCACCUUGUCCUACCAUCACAUCAGUCAAUGGCUCUGACAACUCACUGGAGGUGACAUGGGGGAUCAGCAAGUGGCACACUAGAUGUCGGGUCCGUUACCGAAUGGCCACCACUGACAAAUGGACUCAGGUAUUGACUUCAUUCUCUUCUGCUCUCACCUCACUAUCCAGAAAUCUUCAAGUCUCUGACAGUGCACAUGCUGUUAUAUGAUGUAUAUUUUAAUCCAACGUUACAUUUAUUUGGGUAGUUAAAGCCUGAACCCAGACUACGUCCAAAAUAGCACCAUAUUCCCUAUAUGGUGCACUUCUUUUGACCAGGGCCCAUAGGGCUCUUUUCAAAAGCAGUGCACAAUGUACGGAAUAAGGUGCCAUUUGGGACGGAGACACAGUGAUGUACUGCCAUCUCUCAUACCAGAUCCCAGCCUAUGUUCCUGUGGAAUACCCUGAUAAAACAGUCUACACAAUUGAAGGCCUCAAGCCGUUCAGCAGCUACAUCAUAGCCGUUUCCUGCAUUUUGUCAUAUGGUCACUGGAGUGACUGGAGCAUGGAGACAACUGGGACAACACUGGAGAGUGGUAAUACAGUUAAUGAUAAAUCCAAGUCAUGCCUUACACAUGCUUCAACAUUUGGAAACCUUACUGAGACUGUCAAUAACCCUGGAUAGCUCCAGGGUGGGAAUUAGACUUUAUGAAAUCAGCAAGUAAUGUUAGUUCAGUGGUGUGUGACAAAGCUACAUUUAAGCAAUAAGGCCCGAGGGGGUGAGGUAUAUGACUAAUAUACCACGGCUAAGGGCUGUUCUUACGCAUGACGCAACACAGAGUGCCUGGAUACAGCCCUUAGCUGUGGAAUAUUGGCCAUAUACCACAACCCCCGAGGUUCCUUAUUGCUAUUAUAAACUGAUUACCAACAUAAUUAGAGCAGUAAAAAUAAAUGUUUUGUCAUACCCAUGGUAUACAGUCUGAUAUACCACAGCUGUCAGCCAAUCAGCAUUCAGGGCUCGAACCACCCAGUUUAUAAUUGAAAACAACAUAUGGAUGCCAGACUAAGAUGUUGUGUGCAGGAGGGCUCCUGAUACUGCCACAUCAUGCUAGGGCUUAUUUUUGUGUUUUCACAGCACCCUCUAGAUCGCCAGAUAUCUGUUAUCAUAUGGAGACGGUGAACAAGCAAGGACCUCAUCACCUUAUGCUUAUGUGGAAGGUCAUUUGUGUUUAAAACAUUGUUCUUGGGCUCAUCCUCAACUUUUAUCUUGCUGUCUAAAUCUAUACUCAAGAUUUGAUAAAGGUCUGCAUUCGGUCAUGUGUACAGUGGGGGAAAAAAGUAUUUAGUCAGCCACCAAUUGUGCAAGUUCUCCCACUUAAAAAGAUGAGAGAGGCCUGUAAUUUUCAUCAUAGGUACACGUCAACUAUGACAAACAAAAUGAGAAAAAAAUAUCCAGAAAAUCACAUUGUAGGAUUUUUAAUGAAUUUAUUUGCAAAUUAUGGUGGAAAAUAAGUAUUUGGUCAAUAACAAACGUUUCUCAAUACUUUGUUUUAUACCCUUUGUUGGCAAUGACACAGGUCAAACGUUUUCUGUAAGUCUUCACAAGGUUUUCACACACUGUUGCUGGUAUUUUGGCCCAUUCCUCCAUGCAGAUCUCCUCUAGAGCAGUGACGUUUUGGGGCUGUCACUGGGCAACACGGACUUUCAACUCCCUCCAACGAUUUUCUAUGGGGUUGAGAUCUGGAGACUGGCUAGGCCACUCCAGGACCUUGAAAUGCUUCUUACGAAGCCACUCCUUCGUUGCCAGGGCGGUGUGUUUGGGAUCAUUGUCAUGCUGAAAGACCCAGCCACGUUUCAUCUUCAAUGCCCUUGCUGAUGGAAGGAGGUUUUCACUAAAAAUCUCACAAUACCUGGCCCCAUGAAUUCUUUCCUUUACACGGAUCAGUCGUCCUGGUCCCUUUGCAGAAAAACAGCCCCAAAGCAUGAUGUUUCCACCCCCAUGCUUCACAGUAGGUAUGGUGUUCUUUGGAAGCAACUCAGCAUUCUUUGUCCUCCAAACACGACGAGUUGAGUUUUUACCAAAAAGUUCUAUUUUGGUUUCAUCUGACCAUAUGACAUUCUCCCAAUCCUCUUCUGGAUCAUCCAAAUGCACUCUAGCAAACUUCAGAGGGGCCUGGACAUGUACUGGCUUAAGCAGGGGGACACGUCUGGCACUGCAGGAUUUGAGUCCCUGGCGGCGUAGUGUGUUACUGAUGGUAGGCUUUGUUACUUUGGUCCCAGCUCUCUGCAGGUCAUUCACUAGGUCCCCCCGUGUGGUUCUGGGAUUUUUGUUCACCGUUCUUGUGAUCAUUUUGACCCCACGGGGUGAGAUCUUGCGUGGAGCCCCAGAUCGAGGGAGAUUAUCAGUGGUCUUGUAUGUCUUCCAUUUCCUAAUAAUUGCUCCCACAGUUGAUUUCUUCAAACCAAGCUGCUUACCUAUUGCAGAUUCAGUCUUCCCAGCCUGGUGCAGGUCUACAAUUUUGUUUCUGGUGUCCUUUGACAGCUCUUUGGUCUUGGUCAUAGUGGAGUUUGGAGUGUGACUGUUUGAGGUUGUGGACAGGUGUCUUUUAUACUGAUAACAAGUUCAAAAAGGUGCCAUUAAUACAGGUAACGAGUGGAGGACAGAGGAGCCUCUUAAAGAAGAAGUUACAGGUCUGUGAGAGCCAGAAAUCUUGCUUGUUUGUAGGUGACCAAAUACUUAUUUUCCACCAUAAUUUGCAAAUAAAUUCAUAAAAAAUCCUACAAUGUGAUUUUCUGGAGAAAAAAAUUCUCAAUUUGUCUGUCAUAGUUGACGUGUACCUAUGAUGAAAAUUACAGGCCUCUCUCAUCUUUUUAAGUGGGAGAACUUGCACAAUUGGUGGCUGACUAAAUACUUUAUUUCCCCACUGUACAUACAUGACCGAAAGGCCAAUCGGAUAAGGCCUCAGAUCAGAUCAUGAUGUUGACAGUGGGGUCCGAAAUUAUUGACACCCUUGAUAAUGAUGAGCAAAAACUAUUUUUGCUGUGUUAAGGUUUAUAUGUAUUUACACUACCGGUCAAAAGUUUUAGAACAACUACUCAUUCAAGGGUUUUUCUUUAUUUUUUUACUAUUUUCUACAUUGAAGAAUAAUAGUGAAGACAUCAAAAUUAUGAAAUAACACAUACAGUGAGGGAAAAAAGUAUUUGAUCCCCUGCUGAUUUUGUACGUUUGCCCACUGACAAAGACAUGAUCAGUCUAUAAUUUUAAUGGUAGGUUUAUUUGAACAGUGAGAGACAGAAUAACAACAAACAAAUCCAGAAAAACGCAUGUCAAAAAUGUUAUAAAUUGAUUUGCAUUUUAAUUAGGGAAAUAAGUAUUUAACCCCUCUGCAAAACAUGACUUAGUACUUGGUGGCAAAACCCUUGUUGGCAAUCACAGAGGUCAGACGUUUCUUGUAGUUGGCCACCAGGUUUGCACACAUCUCAGGAGGGAUUUUGUUCCACUCCUCUUUGCAGAUCUUCUCCAAGUCAUUAAGGUUUCGAGGCUGACGUUUGACAACUCGAACCUUCAGCACCCUCCACAGAUUUUCUAUGGGAUUAAGGUCUGGAGACUGGCUAGGCCACUCCAGGACCUUAAUGUGCUUCUUCUUGAGCCACUCCUUUGUUGCCUUGGCCGUGUGUUUUGGGUCAUUGUCAUGCUGCAAUACCCAUCCACGGCCCAUUUUCAAUGCCCUGGCUGAGGGAAGGAGGUUCUCACCCAAGAUUUGACAGUACAUGUCCCCGUCCAUCGUCCCUUUGAUGAGGUGAAGUUGUCCUGUCGCAUUAGCAGAAAAACACCCCCAAAGCAUAAUGUUUCCACCUCCAUGUUUGACGGUGGGGAUGGUGUUCUUGGGGUCAUAGGCAGCAUUCCUCCUCCUCCAAACACGGCGAGUUGAGUUGAUGCCAAAGAGCUCAAUUUUGGUCUCAUCUGACCACAACACUUUCACCCAGUUCUUCUCUGAAUCAUUCAGAUGUUCAUUGGCAAACUUCAGACGGCCCUGUAAAUGUGCUUUCUUGAGCAGGGGGAUCUUGCGGGCGCUGCCGGAUUUCAGUCCUUCACGGCGUAGUGUGUUACCAAUUGUUUUCUUGGUGACUAUGGUCCCAGCUGCCUUGAGAUCAUUGACAAGAUCCUCCCAUGUAGUUCUGGGCUGAUUCCUCACAGUUCUCAUGAUCAUUGCAACUCCACGAGGGGAGAUCUUGCAUGGAGCCCCAGGCCGAGGGAGAUUGACAGUUCUUUUGUGUUUCUUCCAUUUGCGAAUAAUCGCACCAACUGUUGUCACCUUCUCACCAAGCUGCUUGGUGAUGGUCUUGUAGCCCAUUCCAGCCUUGUGUAGGUCUACAAUCUUGUCCCUGACAUCCUUGGAGAGCUCUUUGGUCUUCGCCAUGGUGGAGAGUUUGGAAUCUGAUUGAUUGAUUGCUUCUGUGGACAGGUGUCUUUUAUACAGGUAACAAGCUGAGAUUAGGAGCACUCCCUUUAAGAGUGUUCUCCUAAUCUCAGCUCGUUACCUGUAUAAAAGACACCUGGGAGCCAGAAAUCUUUCUAAUUGAGAGGGGGUCAAAUACUUAUUUCCCUCAUUAAAAUGCAAAUAAAUGUAUAACAUUUUUGACAUGCGUUUUUCUGGAUUUUUUUGUUGUCAUUCUGUCUCUCACUGUUCAAAUAAACCUACCAUUAAAAUUAUAGACUGAUCAUUUCUUUGUCUGUGUGCAAACGUACAAAAUCAGCAGGGGAUCAAAUAAUUUUUUCCCUCACUGUAUGGAAUCAUGUAGUAACCAAAAAAGUGUUAAACAAAUUUUAGAUUCUUCAAAUAGACACCUUUUGCCUUGAUGACAGCUGUCACGUCUACUCCUACUCCUCCCCUCCGGCGUGCGAUGUCGCCGGCAUACACCUGGCAUCCAUCAUUACGUGUACCUGCAGAUCAUUAUGAUUCACACCUGGACUUCCUCAUUACCUCCCCUUUUUCAGUCCCACCCUUACGUUCAUUCCUCAGUCGGUAUUGUUCCUGUGUUCAUGCUAUAUCGCCACUGUUACGCUGUCUCGUUUCAUGUUUGUUGUUUUUAUUAAACGUUUCACCUGCACCUGCUUCUCCACUCACAGCGUCAUUGUUACAACAGCUUUGCACACUCUUGGCAUUCUCUCAACCAGCUUCAUGAGGUAGUCACCUGGAAUGCAUUUCAAUUAACAGGUGUGCCUUCUUAAAGGUUAAUUUGUGGAAUUUCUUUCCUUCUUAAUGCGUUUGAGCCAAUCAGUUGUGUUGUGACAAGGUAGGGGUGGUAUACAGAAGAUAGCCCUAUUUGGUAAAAGACCAAAUCCAUAUUAUGGCAAGAACAGCUCAAAUAAGCAAAGAGAAACGACAGUCCAUCAUUACUUUAAGACAUGAAGGUCAGUCAAUACGGAACAUUUCAAGAACUUUGAACGUUUCUUCAAGUGCAGUCGCAAAAACCAUCAAUUGCUAUGAUGAAACUGGCUCUCAUGAGGACCGCCACAGGAAUAGAAGACCCAGAGUUACCUCUGCUGCAGAGGAUAAGUUAAUUAGUGUUACCAGCCUCAGAAAUUGCAGCCCAAAUAAAUACUUCACAGAGUUCAAGUAACAGACACAUCUCAACAUCAACUGUUCAGAGGAGACUGUGUGAAUCAGGCCUUCAUGGUCGAAUUGCUGCAAAGAAACCACUACUAAAGGACACCAACAAGAAGAAGAGACUUGCUUGGGCCAAGAAACAUGAGCAAUGGACAUUAGACCGUGGAAAUGUGUACUUUGUUUUGGAGUCCAAAUUGGAGAUUUUUGUUUCCAACCGCUGUGUCUUUGUGAGACGCAGUGUGGGUGAACGGAUGAUCUCCGCAUGUGUAUUUCUCACCGUAAAGCAUGGAGGAGGAUGUGUUAUGGUGUGGGGGUGCUUUGCUGGUGACACUGUCUGUGAUUUAUUUAGAAUUCAAGGCACACUUAACCAGCAUGGCUACCACAGUAUUCUGCAGCGAUACGCCAUCCCAUCUGGUUUGGGCUUAGUGGGACUAUCAUUUGUUUUUCAACAGGACAAGGACCCAACACACCACCAGGCUGUAUAAGAGUUAUUUUACCAAGAAGGAGAGUAAUGGAAUGCUGCAUCAGAUGACCUGGCCUCCACAAUCCCCCGACCUUAACCAAAUUGAGAUGGUUUGGGAUGAGUUGGACCGCAGAAUGAAAGAAAAGCAGCCAACAAGUGCUCAGCAUAUGUGGGAACUCCUUCAAGACUGUUGGAAAAGCAUUCCUCAUGAAGCUGGUUGAGAGAAUGCCAAGAGUGUGCAAAGCUAUCAUCAAGGCAAAGGGUGGCUACUUUGAAGAAUCUAAAAUCUAAAACAUAUUUUGAUUUGUUUAACACUUUUUUGGUUACUACAUGAUUCCAUAUGUGUUAUUUCAUAGUUUUGAUGUCUUCAUUAUUAUUCUACAAUGUAGAAAAUAGUAAAAAUAAACAAAACCCUUCAAUGAGUAGGUGUUCUUUUCUUUUCUUUUGACCGGUAGUGCAUGUAUAUGUCUUUUUUAUGAUAGUAUUUCACUCAAGAUGCAUACAUUGUCCAAUCAAUAGAUAUAUUCUUAUAUCUAAAUAGGCCAUUUGACUUUUAAAAUUCUAUUUGGUUUUGUAUUUCAGGCCCUUGAUGUUCAUGAUGCUCACGGACGUAUUCUUGGGUACCAAGUGAGCUACACACAAACAAAGCACCCCUCUCUGAGUGUGACCACUAACACCACAGAUCUGAAGGUGGUCCUUGUGGUGUCCGAGGAAGAGUUGGAGGUCACAGUUAUGGCGUACAAUAGCGCUGGUGGAUCUCCUUACUCUCAUCUAAAGAUUGACCCGAGUCUUCAUCAGAGUGAGUUAAAUGUCUGUUUUCACGAAUAGAUAGUGACUACAGAGGGGUUUGACUUUCAUUUCAGUGGGUGAUAAUCUCAACACCCAGAACCAAAUCUCAGUGCAACUCGAAUAACCGCAUGUCACAAGAGGCUAAAUGCUUGGUAAUGGAAUGUACUUCUGAGAAAAUGAAAGAGAGAAGAAGUCUCUAAUCUUAACAACCAUCUGGUUGAUUAGACUCCUCCACCCUUGACAAGAUUGUGCAAUAUCCUUUAUGUGUCAAUAUCACCCAUUUCUGUAGAGGCCUGAGAGGGAAGUGAGAAAUGUCAGAUGCAUAAGCCCUCUGUCUCCAGCCUUUACGUCAACAUUUUUACCAGUGAUGUUAUUAUAUGUAUUUUUCUAGAUUGCCCUUGAGCUAUUCAUUCAGAAAUCAAAACCGUUUAGUUAGACAUUCAACAUAGGUAUUUGCCCCCUGAAGGGGCAAAGCUUUUCACCUGGUGUAAUUGGUCAGAUAUUAGGUCAAUUAACAUAUUUAAACAGUGGAUGUUGGUGUUAGCUGUAUCCUCAGUGAGAAGACUUUGGGUGAAUUCUGAAGAUGAUAGGCUGGUGCUUCAAUGGGAUGUGGGACACAUAUCCCUGCCAGUUAGUGAGGUUGCCCAUGAGUGGGCCACUGAUGCUGCACAUCCCACAUCCAGUCACUGGAAACGAGUAAAUGGCUCCACCAGAUCAACAGUCUUGAAAGGUAAAUGCAUGGGCAUGCAUUGUGAUGAAGUAGACAAAGCAUUGACACCACAUGUAUCACAGUUAGAUCGCAAUAAGACACAUUGACUGUGCAAAUGCAUGCACCUCUGUUUCAGACCAUCUUCAGCCUGGGACAACAUACAGAAUCAAUGUUUACCCCAUAUCUAAUCAACUGUGUGGGCCACCCAAGUCAAUCUUUGCCAACCUGGAGUACGGAAGUAAGUAGGGCUAAUGGUAAAGUCGUAACAUUUAUUCCCUUUUUGUUUAUGUGAAAUGGGGUUCCUACUAUUCCUAGAAUAUGUUGCACAGGCGGCUGGUGGCACCUUAAUUGGGGAGGACGGCCUCAUAGUAAUGGUUGGAAUGGAAUGAAUGGAACAGUAUCAAACACAUCGUUUCCAGGUGUUUGAUCCCAUUCCAUUCACUCCUUUCCAGCCGUUAUUAUGAACCGUUCUCCCCUCACGAGCCUCCUAUGCUAUGUUGCUUCAGCGCUUUUAGGUGCUAUCGGAAUGCACGUUGUGGAUGUGACUAAAAACACAGUGACUGUACAGUGGGAGUGGCAGAGGAAGGAGCUUCACACCAAGGUUCUCAGAUACAGAGUGAUACUGCGCCUGGGGGAGAUACAGGUCGAAUGUAAGAGCAUUUCCUCUGUUUACAUACAGUGCCUUGCAAAAGUAUUCAUCCACCUUGGCGUUUUUCCUAUUUUGUUGCAUUACAACUUGUAAUUUAAAUGGAUUUCUAUUUGGAUUUCAUGUAAUGGACAUACACAAAAUAGUCCAAAUUGGUGAAGUGAAAUAAAAAAAAUAACUUGUUUCAAAACAUUCUCAAAAAUAAAUAACCGAAAAGUGGUGCGUGCAUAUGUAUUCACCCCCUUUGCUAUGAAGCCCAUAAAUAAGAUCUGGUGCAACCAAUUACCUUCAGAAGUCACAUAAUUAGUUAGAUUGCACACAGGUGGACUUUAUUUAAGUGUCACAUGAUCUGUCACAUGAUCUCAGUAUAUAUACACCUGUUCUGAAAGGCCCCAGAGUCUGCAACACCACUAAGCAAGGGGCACCACCAAGCAAGCCGCACCAUGAAGACCAAGGAGCUCUCCAAACAGGUCAGGGACAAAGUUGUGGAGAAGUACAGAUCAGGGUUGGGUUAUAAAAACAUAUCCGAAACUGUUGAACAUCCCACGGAGCACCAUUAAAUCCAUUAUUUAAAAAAUUGAAAGAAUAUGGCACCACAACAAACCUGCCAAGAGAGGGCCGCCCACCAAAACCCACGGACCAGGCAAGGAGGGCAUUAAUCAGAGAGGCAACAAAGAGCCCAAAGAUAACCCUGAAGGAGCUGCAAAGCUCCACUGCAGAGAUUGGAGUAUCUGUCCAUAGGACCACUUUAAGCCGUACACUCCACAGAGCUGGGCUUUACGGAAGAGUGGCCAGAAAAAAGCCAUUGCUUCAAGAAAAAAAUAAGCAAACACGUUUGGUGUUCGUUAAAAGGCAUGUGGGAGACUCAACAUAUGGAAGAAGGUAAUCUGGUCAGAUGAGACUAAAAUUGGUCAGAAUUGAAGGAAUGAUGGAUGGUGCUAAAUACAGGGGAAUUCUUGAGGGAAACCGGUUUCAGUCUUCCAGAGAUUUGAGACUGGGAUGGAGGUUCACCGUCCAGCAGGACAAUGACCCUAAGCAUACUGCUAAAGCAACACUUGAGUGGUUUAAGGGGAAACAUUUAAAUGUCUUGGAAUGGCCUAGUCAAAGCCCAGACCUCAAUCCAAUUGAGAAUCUGUGGUAUGACUUAAAGAUUGCUGUACACCAGCGGAACCCAUCCAACUUGAAGGAGCUGGAGCAAUUUUGCCUUGAAGAAUGGGCAACAAUCCCAGUGGCUAGAUGUGCCAAGCCUAUAGAGAUAUACCCCAAGAGACUUGCAGCUGUAAUUGCUGCAAAAGGUGGCUCUACAAAGUAUUGACUUUGGGGGGGGUGAAUAGUUAUGCACGCUCAAGUUUUCAGUUUUUUUGUCUUAUUUCUUGUUUGUUUCACAAUAAAACAUAUUUUGCAUCUUCAAAGUGGUAGGCAUGUUGUGUAAAUCAAAUGAUACAAACCCCCAGGUUGUAAGGCAACAAAAUAGAAAAAAUGCCAAGGGGGGUGAAUACUUUCGCAAGCCACUGUAUUAGUCCAGGCGAUUUGUGAAUUUUUUCUUUUUACUUUUUCAUUAAAGCAUGAAACUUGGGGGCCCUGAACAUUUUCAGUUAUGGAUAAAAUCUUAUGAAUGGUCUACAAUACUAGCAUGAUGAUGAUUUGCAUGGUAGUGCAUUCAAUAACAAUGUGACAGUUAUUUUCUCUUCUGUCCAAAACUCCUUAAAGACCGGGCCGAAAAUUGCAUUAAUAAUGAAUUGAAAUAAAUGACGGAUUUUGCAUGAAUGUUUGAUCUCAAGUUAGGAUUUGGUCCUAUGUGAUAAAGUCAUUGUUUUGUCCCUGGAUUAAACAAUCACAGUGUUGAAACUAUUAUUGAUAUACAGACAGAUCAAUUGCUCUUCUAUUCUCCAUCUCAGCUCUCCCUGUCUGGCCAGAUGUAUGGCAACAUACAUUCCUCAAACUCCGUGCAAACACAGGCUAUUCUGUUCAUUUACUGGCGGAGACUUCUAAUGACAACAUUUCAAGAGAAAUUAUUCCUAUUAAAACAAAUAUUUUUGGUAAGUAUUUCUUGAAGUACAGUAUUGUUGAGAACAUAUAUGAUUAGUCAGGUAGCCUUAUGGUAUUAAGCUGGUAGUGCAUAAUAUCAUUAGAAUUGGGCAAUUCUAAAUUAUGCUAUCUAGCUACAGGCUUGAUUGGGUCCAAAGCUGCUGAUUGUGCAUUGGUGUAUUUUAAUGCAUACCUCAUUAUAAUGUUGGUAGAAUAUUAAAUAUAAGGUUAUUUUGUCCACAUUGGUUUUGAUUUACCAAAUAAACAUACGUGAGUAUAUGAAACUUGUUCCAUUUUCAGAACAAAAUGAAAUAAUGUUCACCUCCUGUCUAAUCGUCCUGCUUACCCUUGGCCUUGGAGUUUUCUUAAUAUUAUCCAGAACUGUGUAAGUCAUACAUUUUUGUAUUUUUCUUCAUAAUUAAAACUUUAUCACAUUGUUUUUGCUUUUCUCAUUGCUUAUGAGUACUUAGCUUCAUCAGUAUCAUAACAUAAGGCCAAGGCUCUUUGUCAUUAAUGAUCAGGGAUGGAUAAGAGCGUCUGCUAAAUGACUAAAAUGUAAAUGUCUUGAUGCUUGCCUUUUCCUCUUGCUCUCUUUGAUAUGUGAUUAGGCCUUAUCUGAUUGUCCUUCGGGCUAUGUGUAUACAGGUGUAGGAUCUUAAUUUGACCAGUAACAAAAUAAUCCUGCAGCAACAGGAUUUGAACAUUUAGUCCAUAAUGUUGCUUGAUCAGUGGUUAGGCUAUUAGCUGGACAAAAGUAGGCUACAUGAAAAGUGCAGUACUGUUAAUAUAACCUUGUGUCAGUGAAGGUUUUCAGUGAAUUUAUGUAAAUCAUGAAGCUCAUCUGCGUUUAAUGCUGCGCAGGAAAAUGUUCUGCACUAAAAGUGUGAUCGAAUUAAGAUCCAACAUCUGUAUACGAAUGACGCGAAGGACAAUCAGAUACAUUAUACAUGAGCCGAAGGCAAAUCAGAUAAGGCCUAUACACCUAUCAACGAGAGCAAUAGAAAAAAUGGCACUCUAAUUCGUGUUUUUUAAAAUCUUAUCUUCCGCUUGUCUCUGUGUAUUUGCUGUGUAUGUUUUCUUACGUAUGUAUUUGGCUUUUUUAUGCUGCACAAUAAUUUCCUUUCGGGGGACAAUAAAGAUAUAUUGAAUGGAAAUGAAUUAACAAGAAAUUCGGUAGAAUGCCCUGGAAUGAGGAACGAGAAUGAGACAAAACUGUGUCAUGUCGAAGGUUAAGGGCUUUAUUCUAUAAAUCCACACUGCAUAUGUUGUUUAAACACAUUGUGCAUAUUAUUAUUGUGUUAUUUUCUUUGCAGCUGCAAAGCAUAUUUCUUCCCAACAAUUGCUAACCCUGGGGUCAGUGUUGUUGGACGAUGGCUUUUGGAGUCCCACCAUGAGGUGAUUUUCAUGGAUAUGCACGGUUGCAUCCCCCAUUUGGGACACGCACCACAUGUCGGAAAUUGUUGUGUACAAAGAGAGGGUGUUGUGUUGUAUUAGUUAAGCUUCUUAAAAUCAUAGACCACAGUCUGUGUAUAAUGUACAUUUCCCCCAACAGAAAAGCAGUGUGAAGAACGUACUGAAGCUGGAGGAGUUCUUAGAAAAAGGUUUCGUUGAGCUGGAGCAAGAAAGGCCACCUGUGAGAGAGGACGGGAUUUGUAAUCCUGGUUCAUCUCACAGUACCCUCAAUAUAGAACAUGUGUCUAUUCCACAAAAUACAGAAUACAUUGAAAACACUCCUAAAAGUAACAGAGAUAACAGGGAUUCCUGCCUGAUGUUUAAAAAUGUUGCCCACAUAGAAAAUGGCCAGGGUAGCAUACUUCCAGAAAGCACCCAAAUACAAUGCGAUUUUGACUAUAUAAGGAACGGGCAUACUCCCGGGGAAAUUGCAUUUUUAGAGAACACCCCACUUGAAUGCAAUGUUGAG